AUGGAUCCUCCAGAUCUGCCGGGCUUUUACUACGAUCGCGAGCGAAAGCGAUACUUCAAGAUCCAGCCCGGCUACAAGCUUCCCACUGGUGCCAAAUAUUCUACAGAUGCGGUGAAACGCGAGCAAGCCGAAACAAAUAAACGGAAGCGUGAAGAGGAGCAUGAGGCUCGAGUGCGGACGCAGACGGUCAAACGCUCCAUUCUCUUGCCACAUGCAGGCGCAUGGAACCUGAAGCUCGAAACUUACGGCCUGAAAGCCGAUCCGAGUGCCCAUGCAAAGGCUUUGGCAAGCGGUUUCGAAGCAAGCACCUUUGUGAAUCCAAGGGUUCAGUGGGCUGCUGAAACCUCUCGUAACAUUGCCGUGCGGUGUUUCGACUAUGAUGCCGAGACAAGGACACUCAUCACCGGAGUCGAGGACCAGCACCAUAUGCUGCUCAGCACCUUCGUCGAUCCAAACUUAAGUUCCAGGCGGAUCGUCCCGAAAUGGCAUCAACGAGACUUCCAAGUCCUGAGCUCCACAAUCAGUUCCGUACACAUCACGCCGCACCGCCGAGUUGUCGUCACUACACGAGGCUCGAGCUCUGCCGCCGAGAUUCAGAUAUCGUCGAUCCGAAAUCAGGAAUCCGUCUUGGAUCGCAUAUACAUGGACUCUACCGUCAACUUAAGACCGAAUUCUCACACAACCAUCUUCACGAGCGCUCCGAAUCCCUUCUCGUCCGGACCCGAAGUCAUAGCGGUAGGCACUUUAGGUUCUGUCAUUCGAUUAGAAGAAGGACCCUCAAGUUGGGGCGGCAAAACAGCCUUCGAGAAAGGGCCUCAAAAUCGACCCGACGCGGCUCUAUCUCUGGAGUGGCUGACACCCCACUCACUCUCAGCUGGCUUCCGGUCAGGAGAUGUUGUUCUCUACGACACAAGAAGCAAAGGCUACAGGACAAGGCUAAAGCAUCUAUCUUCAGUAAUCGGCAUCAAGCGUGGAGAACACGAGUCGCAGCUUGCCAUUGCUGGUCUCAAAAGCACGCUGUGUUUGUAUGAUCUGCGCAUGAUAAAGGAUCACAAAAGCACCAGGCCUGUUUUCCGGUUCAAAGACUACGAGAACGCGUAUACAGAGGCAUCGGGAUUCGAUGUUCAUCAACUGUCUGGGCUUGUUGCUGCUUCACAGGAGAACGGGUACGUGCAGCUGUAUUCGCUGAAAGACGGAUCCAAGAUCAGGCGGCUGCGAGCGCCUGGGCUGUACGGUUCGGGAUAUGACCCCAAAGCGCGGACCAGGGUCUCAUGUCUGAGGUUUGUCGAGGAGGUCAUCGGCGCUGACAGGGGAAGGACGAAGCUGCUGGGAAGCAUCAACUCGCAGGUGGUGCAGUUUGCAUAG